CGGGCAGGUCGCAGCAAAUUUUCCGUUGCCGAUAAGGCACUAGUGAAUUACGCAAAUAAAAAAGGCAAACACUGAAAAGUGAAAAAGUGUACGGACGGAAUACAAUCUAACAUAAUAUUGUUGUUUUAUACGAAACUGAUUGAAUUUAGUUUCCAAAAAGUUUCGCAAACAUUUACAAAAAGUUUGUCGGUUUGAGAAAAACUUUUCAAAGAAGUCCAAAUUCAAUUCCUUUUCAGGACAUGUUUCAAUUCCUUUGAUGUUUUUGUUUAAGUUGUUGCUAACCAUUGCGGCACAAAAUAAUUAAUUUAGUCCUUUGCAUUGUUUAAAUUUUAAAAAUGCUGUAGCUGGGGCAUUAAAAGAAUAAAUCCCCUUUUAACAAAAAUUAUUAUAAAAUAAAAACUAGCUAAAAUUUUGUAGCCAGUGAGUGACUUAUCAGUCUAUUUUCCGAAAAUUAGUGGCAAAUAGUGAUAAAAUUGACCUCUGUUGUAAUUAUGAAAGAAGAAUUUCCAAUUUCCAAAAUCGAAUACAAUGCCAAUGAAAACAACAAUAUACAAUUCUAUAGAAUUAAUAAAUUGUGUUAAAAAAAAAUGACUGAUUUAGUGAUCGUGAAAAAUGUGACAAACGAAACGGUGAUAGUGAAAAAUGAACUUUUAAUGGAUCCGGCCGGUUACAUUAUAACCGCCUUUGUUUUGUUUCUAAUUGGAUUUUGCGGAUUCUUUUUGAAUUUAUUCGUUAUUCUUCUAAUGUGGAAAGAUAAACAGCUUUGGACGCCCUUAAAUAUAAUACUGUUCAAUUUGGUGUGCAGUGACUUUUCGGUGUCGAUAUUCGGUAAUCCGUGGACUUUUAUAUCGGCAAUGUCUUACGGCUGGAUUUGGGGCAGCACGAUGUGUGUUAUGUAUGGAUUUUUCAUGUCACUUUUAGGCAUAACAUCAAUAACAACCCUCACAGUAUUGGCAUUCGAAAGAUUCAUGAUAGUGUCGAAGCCGUUCCAAAGAAAAUGCAUAAAUCGUACGAACGCCUUUUACAUGGUCAUAGGAAUAUGGACGUAUUCUCUUAUAUUAACCACUCCGCCUUUGAUGGGCUGGGGCAAAUACGGAAACGAAGCUGCAAAUAUAAGUUGUUCAGUUAAUUGGGAAGAUCGAGGUACCAAUGCAAAAAGCUACAUCAUGUACUUGUUUUUCUUUGGAUUAGUAGUACCGAUCAUUGUGAUAGGCUACAGUUAUACAUUUAUUCUAAUUACAAUGAGAGCGAAUAAGAUGAAUAUGGGGCAAAUUUGCCGUGUCGAAUCCAGAGUAGCUUACACUGUCUUCAUGAUGAUACUAGCUUUUCUACUAGCCUGGACGCCAUACUCGAUUUUCGCUCUUCUGGCUCAAUUUGGAGACCCUACGCUCGUUACCCCAUCUUCGGGAGUAGUACCAGCCCUUAUAGCUAAAAGCAGUAUUUGUUAUAAUCCUAUUAUUUACGUUGGCCUUAAUAGGCAGUUUCAGCAGUCCUUAAAAGAAUUGUUUCAAAAAGAAUCGACAAGAACAAUUAACCAUUCUUGUGAAACUUACGCUCUGGCCGUUUCCAAAUACAUAUCGGAAAAUAAUAAAAAAAUGAAUUCGACUGAUAAGAAAAAAGAGGCGAGGACAAUGACGAAAUUAGAAGAAGUCAGUCACGAAACGGAAGAUUUAUUAUAAAAAUUAUCCAACAAAAUGUUGAUAGAAUGUGAUAAAAUAUUAAAUAAAAUUGAAAAGUGAAAAUGCGAAAGAAUAUUAGAUGAGAUUUUUUUUUACUGAUUUUAUACAAAUCAGCGAAGUUUUGUGGCAAAUCCGUAACGAAUUUCCUUUAGUCGGCAGUUCUUUUAUUUUAACGUAUUAGGCAGGAAAAUGCAAAAAAAAACCUAAGGCAUUUUGGAACAAUAGGAAUUUAUGCUAAAACCCUCGGAAUAAUUUAUAUGAAUAGAAUCAGAAGGAUUAAUAAUUAUCGGCGCAAAGGGAUUUUGGCCGAAGAGCUUCCCUAUCAAAUUUUAAGCCCUUCGGUUAUCACUCCUUUGUUAAUGUUAACUUUGUAGUAACAUGCAAAGGUUUAUUCAUCUUCAGAUAAACUUGCUGGUAACUAUCUGCAAGAUAAAUUUAUGACCGGUAUUAUAAAACACUGAACCGAUGGUUGAGUUUCUUCAUGCAAAUUGAUAGGAUUCAACCGAAGGUUGAAACUCAACCAGCGGUUCAGUGUUUUAUAAUACCGGCCCUUAGUGUUUUCUAAUUCUUGAGCGGCGGAUAACUGGCCGACCAAUGAAAUUACAGAUUGCGUUUUCAUCCGACAGUUUAUCAGAAGGGGAAUAAACCGGCCCUUAUUAUAUCAAAUACAGAAUAUCAAUAUUAAAGGAGGCCAUUUUUGGGUCUAUUUUAAAAAACUUCAUAUGAAUGCAUAUCUUAAAACGUCUUAACUUCUGAGAUACAGGGUGAUGAAGUUCUCAAAAAAUAAAACAUUUAUUAUUAAUAUCUGUAAAGCCCUCAUUACAUCAGUGUAUUUUUUCGAGUAUUUCUACAUGUAUUUAUACAUGUAUAAAUUCGUGAAUUUUUUUUACGUGAGCAGCAGUCAAAAGUUUCACAUACACGGCUAAUAUUUUCGCAUUACAUUCGUGUAUUUCUUCAUGUAAAGAUACAUGCAGAAAAAAAUAGACAGAUGUAAUGCGGGCCCUACACCACUUUAGAUAUUGUUACUUAUACGGGUUUGCAGAUAAGUCAGACUAUUUUUUCGAACUUUAACGAAUUUUAUUAAACACAAUAACAUAAAAAUCACAUGAAAUUUAACACUACUUUACACUCCGAACUACUCCAAAUAAAGCUUAUACGGCACGAUUAUUUCCGAACGUGGUUAUUUAAUUCCUGACUUUACAGUUUACUGCACUGACCUUUACACGGUGCGCACCGGGGCUUUUAUAGUUAUGUGCGUCCUUCUCUAACACGCUCGAAUUUUCGUGAUUCGGUUCAUCUUGAAAAUAGUCGAAUUUUCUGGCUUUUUCAACUGAAGUUACAGGGAGCAAUCAAAAAGUACGAGUGGCGGGUUUAUAACAAUAUUUUUAUGAAAUUUGGCAUACCGCCCUGUAUCUUCGAUAGCUUCCAAAAUUCCCAUGUACUUCAAGUUAUACCCUGUAUAACAAAAUUAAAUCUAUACUACUUCAACAAAAUUGCAUCUCAAUUAGGGUCGGUUUAUUUACCUUCUGAUAAACUGUCUGGUAUGCAAUCUGACAGAUAAAAACGGAAUCUGUAAUCCCAUUGGUCGGCCAGUUAUCCGCCGACCAAUAAAAUUAUUGAACGGUAAAUUUAUCUUGCAGAUAGUUACCAGCAAGUUUAUCUGGAAAAACAUAAAAUACAUACAUAUAACUUGAAAUUCGGAUUUGCCCAGUUUUUCUGCCUCCAACAUUUUUGAUUCAAAAUUGUUCUAAACUCGACUAUUUAUAGGAAUAAUACAUUAUUGUUAAUUUAUAUGGAAUAUAAUUAUUGUAGACGGAAUAUACAGGGUGUGGAUAUCAAAUCGAAGAAUUGUCAUUUAUAUACAUUAGGUAUUUUUCCAUAUUUUUCUAGAACCAUUGCAACUUUAUUCAAAAAAUUAACGCACAAUUUAAAAAAAAAAAAAAAAUAAAUAAAUAAAUUGAUGGCGAUUGUUCCCUAAUUAUUAAUGAUACCUCUAUUUUUAAAAUUUCCUAGGUUUUAGGUUUGGACAGUGUAGACAGAAAACAGAAAUUAUUAUAAUAAAAAAUUUAGAAAUAUUAACAUUAAAUGUUUAAAAUUUUCCCCUUUUGUUACAAUAAUUGAAUGUUUAUAUAAAGUGUUUAGUUAUUUGUAUCUGUAAGCCAAGGCCUAUUUUGCUAUGCGCUAUUUAUUAAAAAUCUUCAAUAAAC